CCCAAACAACCCAAACCAAACCAGAAAGAAAGAAAGAAAGAAAGGAAAAAAAAAAUGACGACCCCCCUCCCCCUCCCCCUCCCCGCAGGCAUAACCAGCCGCUUAAUCCCCACAAAAACCCUAACCUUCCACAUCCUCGAAUCCAACCCGGACCCCAGCACGCCGCGCCCGCUGCUGCUGCUACUCCACGGCUUCCCCGAGCUCGCCUUCUCAUGGCGCAAAGUGAUCCCCCCACUCGCCGCAGCCGGCUACCACGUUGUGGCGCCGGACCAGCGCGGCUUUGGGCGCACAGCAGGCUGGGACACCCGGCCCUUCUCGGAGGUCGAUCUGAACACCUUCACGCUGACGAGUGUCGUGCGGGACAUGGUGACGCUCGUGCACGCGCUGGGGUACCGGUCCGUGCAAUGCGUGGUGGGCCACGACCUUGGGGCCGUGACGGCGGCGAUGUGUGCGCUUGUGCGGCCGGAUUUCUUCAAGAGUGUCGCGCUCCUCAGCCACCCGUUUAACGGGAGUCCGGUUUUGCCGUUUGGGACUGCUGCCAGUGGCUCUUCUUCUGGGGAGGUAGCGGAGAAGAGUGGUGCUGCUGGAGGAGGGACGGAGUCCGCGGCGGGGGACCACGUGCAUGGCGAGCUUGCGGCGCGCGGCAGGAAGCACUAUAAGUGGUAUUAUUCGACGGAGCCUGCGAAUGAGGAGAUGGUGGAGCCGGUGGAGGGGCUUGGGGAGUUCCUGCGCGGGUACUUUCAUCUGAAGAGUGGGUGUUGGGGUGGGAAUCGACCGUUUCCGUUGCAAGGGUGGACGGCGGAGGAUUUGGUCAAGUUGCCGUAUUAUUAUGUGAUGCCGUUGGAGGCGGAUAUGCGGGAGGCGGUGCGGAGGCAUAUGGAGUCGGAGUCGGAGGGGGCGGUUGCGGCUUCGAAGGCGUGGUUGUCGGAUGAGGAGUUGGCGGUUUAUGUGAGUGAGUAUGCGCGCACGGGGUUCCAGGGCGGGCUGAAUUGGUAUCGCGUGAGGACGGCUGCUGGCGGGAGGUAUACAGGGGAUUUUGAUGUGUAUGCUGGCCGCAAGAUUGAGGUGCCGGCGGCUUUUGUGUCGGGGAAGGCAGAUUGGGGGAUUUAUCAGGAGCCGGGGGCUUUGGAGAAGAUGGUGGAUGGGAGGGUUUGUUCGGACUUUAGAGUGCUGAGAUUGGUGGAUGGGGUUGGACAUUGGGCGCCGCAGGAAUGCCCUGAGGUUGUGGUCGAGGUUGUUUUGGAGCUGUUACGGGGGCUGUAGCU